UACGUCAUUUGGGAACUAGAGCUCAGAUGCGGGUGAUAUGUUUCGGCUAACAUCUGGGAAAGUUUGAUCAAAAUUCAACAAUGGAAACAUGAUGGUCAGACCGAAGCUCAGACUCGACCUCCCACUGCAGCUCCCUCGGAUAUUUCCGUGCCAUCGGACACCGCACCAUGGCCAGGAGCGGAGAGCGAUCCGUUUGCUGGGCACACAGGCCCCGGUCAAUGGCCGUCAGACGUUCUUGAGUCCGCAGCCGGAUCUGAGGAGGAGCACCGAGACGAAUCGCCUCAACAUACAGUUGGACGUUGUGCGCAGCGUGGACAGGCCGCGGGAUGUGUCGCUGCCGGCCAUGAUCUACUUCUACAGCCCGUGGAGCCUGCUCACCAGCAAGCUGAGUCUGCUGAAGCUCAAAUUACUGUGGGACUGGGGUUUUUCAGAGGCCAGGUUCCUGGAGAACUCCCGCCAAGCGGCGCUCAUCAUCACCGACUUCGUACGGCGCCAUCGGUCGCGCAAUGUCGAGCGAUGUUCCACGCCCAUGGGAUACAAGCAGAUCAGUCACGACCUGAUAGACGGAGCCCGCGACUGGCGGCUGAACAUGAUGCGCUUCGAGCGCCAACACAUAUAUCGUUCCAUUCCGCUGAAGGUGCAGCUACUGCGGCACUACGGCCACAAGUUUGCCUUCAUCGACGUGGUCUACGUGGCGCUGCGUCGCACCAACGACUUCAGUUCGUCCAAGGAUCUCGACGAGGUGCAGCUUCUGAUGCGGCAGCAUUCAAAUAAAUCGCAACUGACUGUGGACCAUCCACUCAUCUUUGCCGAGAUUUUCGUCCGCUAUCGUCGGGACUAUUCCACCACACCCACACCGAUGGGCAAUGUGCGGGAGAACAGUCGCUGCAUGGGCCAGUGGCUGGUGUCCACCUACAAGAUUCUGCAGUUCGACCUUCUCGACCAUCAUACCCAGUUCAAUAUUCCUGAAACUCGUCUGGCCACUCAAUAAAACACUUUGCACCGGGAAAA